CCCCUGUCGGCCCCUUUCGGCCCGUUUGAGCCCGUUUCAGCCCGUUUGAGCCCACCUGGAGCCCGCAGGGUUCCGCCCGCUCAGAGCGGCAUCGCCCCUGCGGGCGGCGCGGCCGGAGCUGCGGGGAGCGCUCCCCGCGCCCACAAAGGUCCCGGGCAGAGUUUUCCUCUUGGCACACGCUGGAACAGAAGGGCUGCACUUCUCUCCGCGGGACAGCACGGCUCCGCGGCUCGGGCACGCUGCUGUGAGUUUUCCUCCGGUCACGGGAGUUUAUCCGGAGUUAAAUGAAGAUACCGAAGGGUGAGGCAAGGAAACAGCGCUUGGAGGGUCUGCAAGGAUGUUUUGCCAUCACUGAAGGAAUGGACCUUUUGAACCUGCGUGGAAAAUGUCCUUUUUGAUACCAAAAGUCGCAAAGGAAAACUUAUGAUUGGAAUCUUGCAGGAGUUUGAGCUCAGCUGUACUUUUAACCUUGCAUAGACCAUGGAGAGUUUGUUAUCGCUGCUCUGUUGCCAUUAUUCUUUGCUGAUUUUAUUUCAGCACAGAUAUCAGGUGUACGGAAACCAUUCCCAGCUCCCCAAGCACCCAGGGUUCAAAGUCCUGGCAUCAGCUUCCCAUUACUGGCCCCUGGAAGAUGUGGAUGGAAUUCACGAGUUCCGGGAUACAAACGGAGCUCUAAGAAUCCACAACUUCACUGUGCUUCCUUCCCAUAACUCUACCUUUGUAAAUACCAAUGACUCUGCCUACUCUAACUUCUCUGCAACUGUAGAUAUUGUGGAAGGGAUGGUGAACAAAGGAAUUUACGUCACUGAAAAGAAAGGAGUCACCUUUCUCUUCUUUGGAAGCUAUAGAAAUUCUUGCAUCAGUAAUCCAGAGGCUUGUGGGCCUGAAGGAGUAACAUUUUCCUUCUUCUGGAAGACUCAAGACCAACAGGCCAAGCUUCUCCCUGCCUCUGGUGGAAGAGUAAUUUCCAGUGGUUUCAAAAUCUGCUCCAAUGAAGGUGAAGGCUCCGUGGAAUUUUACACCCGUGGGAAUGCAAUGAUGAAAUGGAAAGCAAGCUUUAGUCCACCAGGCCCCUUCUGGACGCACGUGCUGUUCACCUGGCGGCCCCGGGAAGGCCUGAAGGUGUACGUGAACGGCACCCUGCGCACCACGGACCCCCAGGGGAAGGUGUUCUACGACUACGGGGACGCGGGGGCCGAGCUGCUGGCGGGCGGCGAGGGCGCGGCCCGGCGCUCCGUCAGCGGCGCCUUCGACGAGUUCGUCAUCUGGGAGCGGGCCCUGAGCCCCCGCGAGGUGCAGCAGUACUUCACGGCCGCCGUGGGUGUGCAAGUCCUGCUCUCCUCAACACUUCCCUGGUCUCUGAUGACAACCACGACAGCCCCCGUGCUCCCCACCGACGCGUACCAGCCCAUCCUCGCAGCGCUGAGCCAGGACAGGGGCAGCUCCUCCUCGCCCAGCUCCCUGCUGGGGCGCCUGCAGAACGUGUCCUCCAGCCUGCCCCCCAAAGCCCUGCCUGAGCACACUGCCCUGAGCCUGGCCCAGGCAUUUUUAAAAGCUAUUGAAGACUUCCUGUUACUGUCUGACUGGAUUGAUGGACCAGAGGGCCUGGCCAUGCUCAGCAGCCUGAUCCACACCAUCGACACGGUGCUGUCUCACCUGUCCCUCCACCUGGAGGGGAGCUCGCUGCCGCUGACCCUCGAGGGCUCCUCGGCCGUGGCAGAUUACGCUGUGGUCAAAAUGCAUCCUCAGAGCCUGAAUGUGUCCCACUAUCGAUUCCCAUCCCGAGGGCAGAGCUAUAUUUCCAUCCCCAGUGAAGCUUUCCAUGGAAGAGCCUGCAUCACCAUCGUGGGCCUGCUUUACCACAGCAUGCAUCACUUCUUCAGCAACAUCGACCCCCUGCACACCAGGAUUGCUGAAGCUGCUGCCCACAAAGGCUCCAUGAUCUCAGCCAGCAGUUAUCUCAUCUCUAUCAAGGUGGAGCCUCUGCCCCAGCUGUCCCCCAACCUGUCGGGCUCUCCCCUCAUCACCAUCCAGCUCACCCACACCCUGACGCCCAGACAAUACAGCCAAGCACUAAAUAAAAGUAACAGAGUUCAUCUUUACUGUGCAUUUCUGGAUUACAGCAAUGGAACUGGUGUUUGGUCCAACGAGGGCUGUGUGAGGGACAGUGGGGACCUCAACCACUCCGUGUGCCUCUGCAACCACCUCACCAACUUCGCCAUCCUGAUGCAAGUGGUGCCUCUGAAGCUAACCAGAGAACACCAGGUGGCCCUCUCCUCCAUCACUUACAUCGGCUGUGCUCUGUCCAUCUUCUGCCUGACGAUCACCCUGGUCACGUUCGCUGUGCUGUCGUCUGUCAGCACCAUCCGCAACCAGCGCUACCACAUCCACGCCAACCUGUCGUGCGCCGUGCUGCUGGCCCAGGCCCUGCUGCUGGCCAGCUUCCAGCUCAGCCCCGCAACCCUGCCUUGCAAGAUAUUGGCCAUUCUCCUUCAUUUUUUCUUCCUGAGUGCAUUUGCAUGGAUGCUGGUGGAAGGAUUUCAUCUUUACAGCAUGGUGAUCAAAGUAUUUGGGUCAGAAGAAAGCAAGCAUUUAUAUUAUUAUGGAAUUGGAUGGGGCUGCCCACUGGUGAUCUGUGUCAUCUCUGCAACCUCCUCCCUGGACAGCUACGGAGAAAGUGGCAACUGCUGGCUUUCCCUGGAGGAUGGAGCAAUCUGGGCUUUCGUGGCACCGGCGAUGUUUGUAAUCCUGGUGAACAUUGGCAUCCUCAUUGCUGUCACAAGAGUCAUCUCCAGAAUCAGUGCAGACAACUACAAGGUCCAUGGAGAUGCUAAUGCCUUCAAACUAACAGCUAAAGCUGUGGCUGUUCUCUUACCGAUCUUGGGGAGCUCGUGGAUCUUUGGUGUUUUGGCUGUCAAUGCCCAUGCUUUAGUGUUUCAGUAUAUAUUUGCUGUUUUUAACUCACUACAGGGAUUUUUCAUGUUCCUGUUUCACUGUCUUCUGAACUCAGAGGUUAGAGCUGCCUUUAAGCACAAAACCAAGGUCUGGUCCCUCACCAGCAGUUCAACACGCAACAUCAAUGUGAAGCCCUUCAAUUCAGACAUUAUGACUGGGAACAGGCCGGGCACAGCUCCCACGAAGCUGAACACCUGGGACAAAAGCAGCAAUUCAGCAAACCGCAUUGAUUUAUCUGCAGUGUGACAGGAGCAGCAGCUCCUCAGAGAAAAUCAAGCCACACAUCCAGGACCUCUCACACCGUGUCCAGCUGUUCCUCACUGCCAGUAACAGUAGAAAACUGGGAUUUUAAAUCGCUGCCUAAUGAAUUGGGAAUUGCCAUAGUGUUUUGUUGAGUAAAUAGCCCUCGUUGCUUGCCUUCAAAACUGUAACACAUUCUAGCACUUGGCUAUUAGCAAUAUCUGUAAAAAUGACCAGCACAAAUAUACACUGGAUGAUACAUUUUGUCAGCAAUGAUGAAAACCCUAGGUAUGCAAGGAGGGCUUAUUGCUCCCUGAAUCAUUCCAGCUCCCAGAACUGAGGGAAAGCAACAUACCUCUGAAAGGAUGGAUUUUUGUGCUCUAAAAUGAAAUGCUUCCCAUUGUGACGUUGUAAUGAGACUAUUCCAGACUUGCUGUGCUCUCUCUGUUUACAUUUUUUUACCUUGCAGAAUUAUCAAAGUGAAGCUGAUUC